AUGAGUGUUCCCGCUCCACCACAGAAUGCUUCCUGUGCAUCUAGGUUUGGCCCCGCCAAGCACAUGGUUCCCCUGGCACCAGCACCACCUGUUGACGGACCAAGUGGGGCAGUUGCACAAAGGAGCGUCCCGGCAAAGGACAGCGUCCCAGCAGGAGACGGCGUCCCCGCUGACGACAGCGUCCCAGCUGAUGAGAGACUGCGCUCAGUCCGGACACAGUUUAUAACGCGAGUGUCCGAGGCGGUCCUGGACCAGCUCCUGGACCAGCUGCUGGAGCGUGAGGUCCUAACGGACGGGGAGAGGGAGUCCAUGGCAGUUAGAGCCCGAGCGGACAAAGCCCGAGACCUGAUGGACACGGUGCGGAGGAAGGGACCCGGCGCCUGCUCGGAGCUGAUCUCCGCGCUCCGGAACGCCGACCGGUGUCUCUCCGGGACGCUGAAGCUACUCUGAGGCCGAGGCGGGAAACGGCGGCGUGUCCUGUCCCGUACGCGGUCUUCUUGAAAUCCAAAAUUAGGGUUAAAAAACGUCAAAACAAUUACAAGUGAUGGUCAGUCAAACACAACCACAAAAAGCUACAGACAUA